AUGCUUGCUUCACGAAUGCUUCUUUUCGCUUUUACACUCCAAGUCUUUGCCGCGGACCCUUUCUGCGACGACAGCAAAGUUUGUACACCGUGUAUGUGUAAUGCAGCGGGCCGUUGUCAAGGGUUCUGCCAUACUGUACGUGGGUCCUCGGGUCCUAGUCCUUCGAGGUUCUGCGACACGUCGGCCGAUAACAAACGUUGCGGGUGUCCUACAAAAAGGGAUACCAUUAUGCGACGGGGUGCAUGCAUGUCUACAGGCGGUAUCAAAACGCAUCCAAUAACUAAAGAUGACUGCGCUUUGCUCAAUCAAGCCAUUUUGUGUGAAACAAGUUCCUAUGGCGUUUGCCAGUGGGACUACACACGGGACGCGUGUUACCCUAGGCAUUAA